CUUUCUUAGGGUUUACAAGUUGCACCAGGAGUGGCAUAGCUGCGGCUCAAACAGAUACAAUGGCGGUUCCUUUGCUCUCCAAGAAGAUUGUGAAGAAGAGGGUAAAGAAGUUCAAGAGGCCCCAGAGUGAUAGAAAGAUAUCUGUCAAGGAAAACUGGCGGAGGCCCAAGGGUAUUGAUUCAAGGGUAAGGAGAAAGUUCAAAGGAUGUACUCUGAUGCCCAAUAUUGGCUAUGGAUCAGACAAGAAAACUCGCCACUAUCUUCCCAAUGGAUUUAAGAAGUUUGUCGUGCACAAUGUGAAUGAGCUUGAACUUCUGAUGAUGCACAACAGGACUUACUGUGCUGAGAUUGCCCAUGAUGUAUCCACCAGAAAGAGAAAGGAGAUUGUUGAGCGUGCAGCUCAGUUGGAUGUUGUUGUUACCAACAAACUGGCUAGGUUGCGGAGCCAGGAGGAUGAGUAAACAUUAUGUUUAUUUUGCUAUUGCCUAUACUCUUUGCAUUAGGCUGAUGAACCUUAUUGGUAUUAUUUUGUUUUGGGUUGAGUGUUGGUUAAUUUUGAAUCUAAACCUGUUUUCUGCUACAAAGUAUAUGAUGGACACCUUUAAUGAUUGGCUUCUCGUGUUAUGCCUUGGUCAUUUAGCUUUACCCAAAGAUAACAAUCUUAACUGCUCUAUCCCUCUUUUAAAUGAAAAAUUACAGUUUCAUGUGGGAUUGAAGCUUGAAUUUUCUAUGGAGUAUUUGUACUGUAGAGUUGAAAAAUUGAAUGCGAAAAUUUUGUUACAUUA